AACGAUUUUUUAACCUGUAUAAAAUUGUAUUAACAAAAUAAGUCAUGUUAAUAACGAUUCUCGCGAUUUUUGGGGCGGUGGUAUUAUUUUUCUCUUUACUCAACUUUCUGUGGACACCAUUGGAAUUAAUAUCGUCCUAUUUGAUGCCCUUUUUUCUGCCAUCGGAAGUGGAGCCGUUGUCAAAGCGAUUUGGACCUUGGGCGGCGGUGACGGGCUGCACGGACGGCAUCGGCAAGCAUUACUCCCUCGAGCUGGCCAAACGAGGGCUGAACCUCGUCCUCAUCAGUCGCAACCCGGAGAAACUACACGCCGUGGCCAAGGAGAUAGAGCAGACCCAUCACGUGAAAACCAAGAUCAUCGUAGCGGACUUCACGCAGGGCGCCGAGAUAUACCCCCACAUAGAGAAACAGCUCAAGGACCUAGACUUGGGGAUUUUAGUAAACAACGUAGGCCUAAACUACGAAUGUCCCGUCGAGCUGUGCUGCGUUCCCCCGUCCCGAUCCUGGGACCUAAUCAUCGUCAACGUAGGCGCAGCGACCAUGCUCACCCGCGCCAUGCUGCCUUACAUGGCGACCCGGGGGCGGGGGGCCGUCGUUAAUAUAUCUUCGUCGUCGGAGCUGCAGCCUAUGCCGCUUAUGGCGGUGUAUGGAGCCACUAAGGCGUACCUCCGUAGCUUCACGCACGCCAUCCGCGAAGAAUACGCCCCGAAGGGUAUCUACGUGCAACACGUGGCGCCUUUCUUCGUAUCCACCAAGAUGAACGCCUUCUCCGCCACGGUCAUGGCAGGCGGGCCGUUAGUACCCACACCAGAAGCAUACGCGAGAUAUGCAGUCGCUAUGUUAGGAAGAGUACAGGACACGACGGGGUACUGGGUCCAUGGAGUGCAGGCUUUCUUCACCCAGUUGGCGCCAGUCUGGUUCCGCACGAAGGUCGCCUGGCACCUCAACCAGGGAUUCCGGCAAGAGUAUCUACGAAACCAGAAGGCGCAAUAGGCUAGGACACAAAUGUCGUGCGAAAU